CAAACAUCUUGGAGAAGGAGAGAGGGAGAAGUGCAAAGGGAUUUUAUGCCUUCUGCAGCCAGAGAAGCUGUCUGCUAGAGGUUAUAAAUCCCAUUUCAGGCCGAGAGGAGAAGAAGAAGAAGAAGAAGCGACCUACUUCAGCUGUUUAUUUACCCUUCUGUCGCCGCGUCACUUUGGAGGAAUUUGUCUCCACUGGUCAGGUCUGUGACAGAGGAGGCAGAGAGUCAGAGGUGGGAUUAUUUCAGCACGUCUGGUCAAGAUUCUGUCACCAGCGCCGCUCGGAUUCAGGAUUAGUUGCUCUGAAAGAGGUACCACUGGCGGGUAGAGACAUGAAGGCUUUAUCCCUCCUCUUCGUCCUCCUCUUCCUCCUCGCCUCAGGAGUCUGCGACGACGUCAAGUACAUCUCCAAGAGGAACUCAGUGGACGGAUGCAUAGACUGGUCGGUGGAUCUGAAGGAGUACCACGUCCUGGCCGGUGAGCCUGUUCGGGUCAAAUGUGCCUUGUUCUACAGCUACAUCCGAACCAACUACACCAUGGCCACCAACGCCAAGCUGCGCCUCAUCUGGUACAAGAACAAAGGAGAUGCAGAGGAGCCCAUCAUCUUCUCAGGUCACCGACUGAGUAAAGAAGAUGACUCCAUCUGGUUCAGAUCAGCCGAACUGGAAGACAAUGGAUUCUACACCUGUGUACUGAGGAACUCGACGUACUGCAUGAAAGUGUCCAUGUCUAUGACGGUGGAGGAGAGUGACGAGGGCAAAUGUUUCAGCAGUAAAAUACGCUACCUGGAGAAAGCCGAGAUAACUCACAGCAAAAUGAUCAACUGUCCUGAUAUAGAAGACUAUUUGGCUCCAUACAAACAACCACAGAUGACCUGGUAUAAGGAGUGCGAACGAGUUGAGUGGAGAAGCUCCAUCACUGUUAACACCACAAAUAUUUGGAUUCCUGAGAUAGAAGAGGGCGACGGGGGAAAUUACACCUGUGAAUUACAGUAUGGAUCCAGGCUGGUGCGACGGACAACACAACUGAAAGUGACAGCUCUCCAGACCACUCAGCCUCCCAAGGUCCUUUUCCCCCCAGCGAGACAAGACACGGUGAUUGAAAUCACACCUGGUAUGCCUCUCAGUCUGGACUGCAAGGCCUUCUUUGGCUACAGCGGAGAAAACAGAAGGCCUAUCAUCUACUGGAUGAAAGGGGAAAAGUUUGUGGAAGAACUUGCAGGGCAUAUAAAAGAAAGCGAAGUCAGGAUCUUGAGGGAGCAUUUAGGGGAGAAGGAGGUGCAGCUCUCCUUAACGUUUGAUGCUGUGGAGGAGGCAGAUCUGGCCAACUACACCUGCUACGUGGAGAACCACAUAGGGAAACGCAGCGGGAGUGCUAUACUGCAAAAGAAAGAUAUGUAUCGUCUGGAGUUAGCCGGUGGUCUUGGGGUCAUAUUGCUGCUGCUGGGAGUCCUAACUGCACUUUAUAAGUGUUACAAUCUGGAGAUCAUGCUCUGCUACAGGAGACACUUCGGGAGUGACGAAACGGAAGAUGACAAUAAGGAGUAUGACGCCUAUCUGUCCUACACUAAAGUGGAUCUCGACUCGCUGGGCAGGACGAGCAGCGACGAGGAGACGUUUGCUCUUGAGAUCUUGCCGGACGUUUUGGAGAAGCAUUAUGGAUACAAGCUGUUUAUACCAGACAGAGAUUUAAUACCCAGCAGCACCUACAUUGAGGACUUGGCUCGUAGCGUGGAGCAGAGCAGACGCCUGAUCAUCGUUUUGACCCCAGAGUUUGUUGCCAAAAGAGGGUGGAGCAUCUUCCAGAUAGAGACGCGCCUACACUCCAUGCUGGUUACCGGGGAGAUCAAGGUGAUCAUGAUAGAGUGUGCAGACCUGAAGAAUGUCAUCAACUACCAGGAGGUGGAGACACUUAAACAUACGAUCAAGGUUUUAUCCAUCAUCAAGUGGAGAGGUCCUAAGAGCAAUGAGUUGUCCUCCAAGUUCUGGAAACAGGUGGUCUAUGAGAUGCCUGCUAAACGCAGAGAGACGUUGUCUAGACGUCAGGUUAUGGACUCUGGUGAACAGGGCCUCUUUGGUGACCUACAGACAACUGUUUCCACCAUUGCUAUGACAACCACCUCUGCCACCCUGGCGCCCCCUAAUGAGAAUCGCCAUGGACAUCACCAGGUUGCCUUGGCAACGGAGAUCCCUGACUACAACCAGAUGACCUUGCCACUAGGAGGGGGCCACACUGCCCAAAUGAGGCAUUUCUGCCGCAGCUACGAGUUCCAGCUUCCCCCACAGCCCUCCUCCAUGUCACCUCCCCUCCCACCCCCCUCCACAGUGCAGUUCUCCACCCUGGGCCCCGGGGGGCGCCAUGUCUACUGCAACAUCCCUAUGACGCUGCUGAAUGGACAGGUAUCUCAGAGCAGUACCCUUGGGAAGAAGCCAGAACUCCACCUGAACAGCACCUUCGUGCCACUUACCAGCAGAGAACUAAGCUCUGACAUCUGGUAGAUGGACUGUUCAACUGGUACUGGAUCGCAGGACCCGUUUACAGACUUGUUUUUCACUGGCUUCUGGGAGACUGGUUGGUCGACUUGGUUUUCAUCUGGGUUUUCUUGGACUGUGUACAGACUUGACGUUGGACUGGGUUUUAGAAAAGACUACCUGCAGACUGCUUUUGGGCCACUUCCCACCACGCUGUGAACAAAUGACUGCUUAAAGACUACAGAAGGACUGGCUUCACACUUGUCGGGUACAGUGGCCGCAGACUGCUUGCAGACUGUUCAUAAAAGUCGCAGAGAUCUGGUUUUGGACCAAUAAACUGGUAACAAACUGAUACCAGCUGAGUCACAACUACCGGAAGUGAAUGCUACUGAAUGGCAUGUGUCCUGGCCAUGCCGGGAGAAAGGUCAUGCCGAGUUUGUAGACAGGUAUGAAUGUGUGCGUUGAAGAACUACAAAAUUCAAUGAAAAGGUCCUAGAUACCUAAUGACAAGUGAGUAUCCGGUAAGUACUACUCUGUUUGUCAAGCAUGAUGUCAAGAUGGACUUUGGUGCACCAAAAAAAAAGAAAACAACAAAAAAAAUAAUAAUGAAAAAAAAAAAGGAUUUCUGAAGUCUGCUCACACACCAGCUGUUGUGAAAACCAGAUGAUUUGCCAGCUGUUUGAAUACGAGUCUUCUGAAAACAAAACGUAGCGUAAUCUCUGAAUGCCAGUCGUUCUUCUAGUUAUGGAAGACUCUGCCUGUCGACUAGGUGGCUUGUCAGGCAGACAUCAAGCAAUGAUCUUAGAGUACCAGACCACCUUAAGACAACUAGUCAACCUCUUGGAAGUAUUUCUCUACAGCUAGCUAACCGGGUUUGCUUCUUCAAAACCCAAACUGGUUGACUUCAAGAAUGGAGUUCAGUAGGAAUGGCAAGACGACGUAGUUUGUAACAGAGAAAGCACAGUUAGGUGGAGACUAGUUAGUUGUAUGAAGUAGUUGACUGAAAGGCUAGUUACUACUUGAGCUAGGAUUGUGCUCAAAGGCGCAGCGGGACUGGAUGCCAGCCAGCACGCCAGCCAGCACACCACCUUACGAUGCAGUAACCUGCAGCUAGUCAACUCAAACCAACCGGCCAAAAGAUGAAUGGUCAACUUUUACCACCAACCUAAAAGCAUACAGGACAUGGCUUUUUUCUAUUUGCAUGACCACCCAUUUAGAUAAAAAACUAAUAAUGAUAAUCAAAUAAAUAUAGAUAAAAGAGUAAAUGAUACAAUCAUUUGUUGCAGCCUCUUUUAACGUGGACGCUAAUAAACAUCUUCUGUUGAUAUUUGUUUCUUGUCCGGCUAUAGUGAUGACAACUGACAAAGGGAAAAAAAGGAGGCGUCCCUCCAAAAACAUUCAUUUUGUUACGUUUUAUUAAACGGUUUUAUCCUUUUAGAAGGUCAGUGAGGAUUUUUUGUUUUUUGUUUUUUACUAGACUUUGUUUUUACUGUCUGUUUGUUACAUUAAUCUCUGUACAGCUUCCAUAACUUAUGUAUAGACAUAUACAUGACGGUGAUUUGGUCAAAUGCAAUUUCUGUUGGCACCCACUUUGCUGUAUGUGUGUGCUCCAGAGCCUCGUUUUUGCGUUUAUUCUGUUCAUCUUUUCAUUAAUGGAUGGAUGGAUGGAUGGAUGGAUGGAUGGAUGGAUGGAUGGAUGGAUGGAUGGAGCAGUACAACCCUGCUAACCUGCUAACAGACUGAACAUGGCCACUACCAGUUCGCCAAAGGGGGGGGGGGCUUCACUGCAUAAACAGCUGUUAUCCAAGCUGAAUCCAGACCACAUUAUUUUUUGUGAGCUUUAAAAAAAAUAAUAAAAAAAAAGUCAUGAUUAUUACCAUAAUAUUUAAGCAAAGUGGAUAAUGUUUUGAAUUUACACAAAGGUACCGUCAUUGUCUUAUUAGAACCAAUGAAUUCUGGAUAUUUGAGAUUGUUUGAUACAAUAAUUAAAUAUUUGAGUUGUUAUAUUCGAUGGCAAUAUACAGUAUAGUGGUUGUCCUUUACUUUCUGCUCAUUUCUUUGACUAUUCUUUGGAUAUAUUGGUUGAAAUAAUUUAACUGAGAGCAAAUAAAAAUUAUACAAGUUGUUUUA